AUGCACUUCUACGAAUCGGUGAAUGUGUACAACCGCAUUCAGUACAGCAUCAACGCCGUACAGCAGUGGCUGAACCUUCGCCUGCAACUGCUCGGGGUGGUGGUCACUGCGGCAGUGGCGCUAAUCGCUGUCGGUCUGCACUACUACCACGCAGAGGCAGUUAAUUCAGGGCUGAUUGGUCUGGCCUUGGUGUACUCGCUUUCACUCACUAGUCUACUCAAUGGGUCGGUGCAGACGUUCACGCAAACAGAGAUGGACUUGAUUUCCGUUGAGAGGAUAACACAAAUUCUCAAGACCAUUGAGGAGAAUUUCGGCUUGGAAGGAGCAGCUGAUGAGCCAAGCCUGCUGGUGGAUAGUUCUUGGCCUUCCAAAGGCCAAAUUGUGUUCAAUAAUGUCUCAAUGCGGUACAGGCCACAUCUGGAUUUGGCUUUGAAGAAAGUGUGUCUCUCGAUUCAGCCCGCUGAACACAUUGCCAUCGUCGGUCGGACUGGAAGUGGAAAGAGCAGUCUUUUUCAAGCGCUUUUCCGCCUGACCAAACUGGACUCGGGUUCUAUUUCGAUUGACGGUGUUGACAUUUCAAUGAUCGAUCUAGAAGUGUUGAGGUCGAAGAUAUUUAUUAUUCCUCAGGAUCCAUUCCUCUUCAGUGGCACUAUUCGCUCAAACCUUGACCCACUUGACCAGUACCGAGAUGAUGAAGUUUGGACUGCUUUAUACAACUGUAAUAUCAACAUUUUGGUCGAUUCAUUGGGCGGCUUAGAUGCUGAACUGCGAGAAAACGGCAGUGAUCUGAGUGCAGGAACUCGAAGUCUUUUCAUGAUUGCCAGAGCAGUGCUGAACAAGAAGAAGAUUCUCUGCAUGGAUGAGGUAACUGCCAAUAUUGACCCGGAGACGGAAAGAGUGCUGCACGAGCUAGUGCGGACAACACUGCGUGGUCACACCAUACUGCAUAUUGCUCAUAAGCUUGAGUCCAUUCAAAACUACGACCGAGUUGUGGUCAUGGCGGCGGGAGAAAUUGUGAACGUUUACUCGGCAGAAGAGUAUAUCCAGACGCACCAGCAUCAGCCGCAGCCAUAG